AUGGUGACAAAGGCCCCUCCUACCCAGGAGGAGCUUGCACAGGUGAGAAGAAUGAGGGCUGAGAAACCUUAUGUUUCGCCUGAGGUCGUGGCCGAAGGCGCAGCCAGGACCCCUAAUCUUACACGGUUCAUCAUUGCGAAGCAGAGAAGACUCGAAACUCUUCAAAGCGAAGCAUCUCCUGUCGGUCUCAGUUCACCAAUCACAGGUUCAAUUGCAAACCCAUUUGAGGCGAAGGCACCGCCCAGAGGUGGUGGGUUGAAGACACACUUUGCGACUGCAAGACUCAUUGACGACAGGAAUGCUUUUGUAGUUGUCGACGGAUCCAAUCUUUCGCUUCCACAUACUCCUGUGACAUCGCGUCAACCCAGUAGACGUUUUCCACGGGUGAAGGGCCGUCGGGAUGUUUACGAGCCACCCGAAGACAAUCCCGCCCCAGCGACAGCACCUGCCCAGGAGGCUCCCUCAGCACCAGACCAGAAGCGAUCCGCAAUUACAUUGUACGCGGAACCAAUUACCAGCAGUUUUCGCUUUCCAGAUACUCCUUCUCCUCAGAGCAAGGAAACUCGAACACUAGAAGAGUGCUUGAAGGUGGCUCGUAAAGCAUCUCAAGGUAUCCCUAAGGAGUUCCACAACAAUUCUCAGCAUCCCGCGCAAAGUGCUUCUGGAAAUAGAAUCACCGGAGAAGGAACAGCAGAACCUCACGAACUCCCACUCAGCCCUCAGCAAGAAGAGCAGCUCACCGACCUUGAUCUGGAGAUUCUUCACCUCGGCGAGGACAACCAUGAGUUUUCUCCUACAAAUAAUCGUAGCAGUCAUAAGCGAGCUAGGAGUGCUAUCCAAGGAAAGACCCACGAUGAUUCGAGACAAUUCGCGAAUGACGCAGAUGGUAAAAGUGACGCACAUUCAGAGCAGCCAUUUUCUAAGAAACGAAGACGUUCAGGCCGCCAGAUACCCAGUGUUGGGGUCCGAAAGCAAGCUUUACAGAAGCUCAACAGCACACGAACAUCGAGAAAGAACCGCAAAUCUGCUGGAGAUGAAACAAUAUCUGCCGACAAACAUGGCAAAUCACCGAAGAAAAAGCGUAGACUACCAGUCAACGAGCUUGUGACCGUGGGUGAACGGCCUGGCACCUCGGACAUCGAAGUGAAUAGCAGCAGGCAGGUAGCGCUAUCCCAGGAUCCGAUUUCUCAGCAGACGGACGAUCAAGACUCGGAUGCCAGCGAAAGAGAGCAUUACAAGCCAGGCCUACGCGUGAAGAUCAAUAUUCGUCCUCACAAAGGAUUUGGAGCUAUCGAUAUCUCUCUAUUUCGUAUGCCAGAGAACGAGAACCUUCCCUCUACGAGAAGUCAUCUGCCACUCGUGCCUUCAGAUGGAUUUGAAGGGAAAGAGGCAGCACCAAUUGGUCUCUAUAUGCCCGUGAAAUGUCCUACUCGCCGACGAGAGUCAUGUCAGAAAAUAGCAAUCAAACUUGGCGAGUUGACCCUCGUGCCUGAAAAACCUCUGGAAGCGGUUCCGGUUAAAAUGUCACGACCCCUUCCAAGGAGGAAACAACGACACCGCGGAACAAAUCCAACUUCCAAUACUCAUGCUGAGCCUCAAAAUGUUUUAGGAGAUGGGGGGCAAAGCGACGUAGCUGCUCAGCCUUCUGAUUUUGAACAGCAUUUGUCCGACAUUGCCGAGGCUGAACAUGAUCAAAACCAUAUGCCGAUAGACGGCCCGGGCGAAGAAAUGGAAGCAGAGGUCAGUGUUUCCGAAGAACGUCGACCACCAACAAAGAAUGUUCUCCAGGACUGGCACACACCAACUAUUCCUAGUAUCGGUGACUUGUCUGAAACGCCCGCACAUCUAAUUUCUCCACUGACACGUAAACAACCUGCUGUACAUAACGAUAGCCCAACAAGGGAAACUUUGCAGACAUCGGAAACGUCAGACAGUCAAAGAGUUCGAGAGCUUCUCAGUGGUGUGGACGAUGUCCGCAUUUCUCGACAGUUGGUGGCUACGUCGAUAAAUAAGAAGACCCGGCUUCGUGCUAGAAAGGAGAGCCUUGAAGUUACGCAAGAAUUGAGGAUGGUUUCUGUGCAGAAACGGCCAAAAGAUACUAGGCAUGACAGCGAGAGUCCUGAUGAGGAAGGGGACAGCGACAGAGAGAGCGCCGAGAGCUACUUAGAAGCUGAGAGUGAGAACGAAGAUGCAUCAGAGGAUGAGGAAGAGCCUACAACAGAGGAAGACUCUGAGCAGGACAGAAACCAUGAUGAAGGAGGAGACGAAGAAGACGAAGAAGAAUCACAUGACGAAGAGGCGGUUGCUGAGAAUGCUGAUUCUGACAAUACCCUUCAGGUUUCCGCUCAGGCUGGUGCCAAGGAGUUACACGGGCAGGCUGAUAUGUCUGUCAACCCAGAAGUCAGCAGAGCCGCACAAACCGGACACAAUCUUCCCCAACCUGACCAGGAGAGCCAGGACACCCGUGCUGGAAUUGUCCUAAACGCAGCCGAGGCUCUGAAAGAAGUUACUUCGCAAGCUUUGCAACAGUUGAAAGCCUCGCCUCGAUGUCCGAUGUCUCUACUAGGCACUGGCGGACAAGACACCAAAGACAACAUGACCGCUGUGAAAGGACAUAGCUCCCGACGAGACGAAUUCCGCGCGGCGAAUUCUGGAUAUCUUGAUGAUCCUGAUGGCUCGUGGCGACCACGCCUCCCCGAAGCAAGUGGCUUGGUAAUGGAAGUAGAUGAGGACAUUGUCGACAGCCCCACACCAGCACCCUCGCAAAACCGACAAGCUGUUCAUCGCCGUAUGUCGAGAAGGCGUUCAGGAUUGGGAAGUCAGCAACUGACAGUGGUGCAAUCUCGUCGAAAUAGUCUAAUACCCGAAAACGAACUUGCAAAUGCAUCUGAUACCCAAGGCUCAAUCGAGCUUGGUGACUCUCGCACGAUCAUCCGACGCGCACGACCUGACGAGGUUUCAGAGGCUGGAGAGAGCCAGCCAGAGAUUCCUGAAACACAAUUUUCAUUCGUGCAUCAGAUGAGUUAUAUGGAGCGGGCAUUAGGACAGUUGAGCUCGCCAGUUCAAAGACCAAGUCUGAGUCGAACGAAGUCCAUGCCAGCGCACGUAUUCUUUCUUCAACCAAAACAAGGUAGCGAUACAAUGUUGGCUGGAGGUAUUACGGUGGCAGAGGCUUUCCAGCAUACCGUCUCUCCAGUGAAAAGUGGAAGCCGUCUGCGAACUUCGCUGGGCGAGAGUCCAGGCCGCCAGGAGCAGAGCUUAAAGGCGUUGACCAGGCAGGCGAGUCUCAACUUAGGAACAUUACCAGAAAGCGCACGGAAGAGAACUGUUUCUUUACAGUUCAAACCACCGUUCUUACCAAGCACACUGUAG